AUGUCAAUCAGCUCCUGUUGCACCAAAGGUUUCAAAUGGGAUGGAGAACCCACUGGCCGAACUGAGCGGUCCGUGGAUCUGGAUUGUUACGUGACAGGCGAAAACACCAAGGCCGCGGUCCUCAUCGUUCACGAUCUUUUUGGUUGGACGUUACCAAAUAUCCGUCUCUUAGCCGACCACUACGCCAAAGAAGCUGAUGUGACAGCAUACGUCCCCGACUUUUUUCAGGGUGAUUCUCUUCCUCUUGAUCUUCUCACGGCAGAGAAAUGGAGUGAGAUGGAUAUGCCGGGGUUUCUGAGACGAAACUCCCGCGAAAUCCGUGAGCCACAGAUUUUCGCCUUUGCCAGGGCUCUUCGCGAGAAGUACGACAAGGUGGGCGCAAUUGGCUUUUGUUACGGCGGCUGGGCUGUGUUUCGACUCGGGGCUAGGGAGCAUGUCCCGCCGCUUGUGGACUGUGUCACGUCUGCACACCCGUCUUUGCUGAAGGCGGAAGAUAUUGACGGGGUCGGCGUCCCGGUGCAGAUGCUUGCCCCCGAGUUUGACCCCGUGUACACGGCGGAACUGAAGCUGCGCACGUUUCAGAGGCUGCAGGCUGCUGGGCUACCAUUUGACUAUCAGCAUUUUCCCGGUCAUGCCCAUGGCUGUUUGGUGAGAGGAGAUAAGGAGAGAAAGGGUGAGAGAGCGGCUAUGGAAAGAGGAAAGAAUGCAGCCGUUGCGUGGAUGAGACUGUUCUUACAUGAUGAGUGA